AAUAAGUCAGUCUUAUUAUUUCUUAUCCAGUUUGAAAUAUUUACGUCGAAUAAAAUACAUCUUUGAUUCUUUAUUUAAUGAUAAAAUCGUCUGGAUGUGCUAGAAGCACUUUGCUGCUUCUCCUGCUAUCUUUGCUUGUUAGUUAGCUUAGCUCGCUAGUUAGCUUAGCUUGUUAGCUGCUAACAGAAGUUAUAAACACAUCGCUAAGUAGAGAUCAAGUGUGAGAGUAAAGUGUUGUGAUUGUGUGAAAAUGUCUACAUUACACAUGUUGAGAGCGUUGGUGGAUCAGCGACUAACUGCUGCCGUUGAAGAAAUAUUUGUAGUGUUAGAAAGAACGAUAGCAGAAUACGAGGCGGAACUUUCUAGAACAAAGGAGGAGAACAAUCAACUACUGGACGCUGUUUUCAAGAAACAUCAAGUUGUGUUACACAGAACAGACGUCCAGCGGGUGUCAGCAGAGAGUCAAGAAGAGGAGUGGCACACCAGUGUGGGACAGAAGGAGCUGGAGCCCCCACACAUUAAAGAGGAAGAGGAGGAACUGUGGGAGCAGCUUCAAAGGUUGGAGGAGGCUAACGAUGAAGAUGAAGCUCAGUCCUUACAGCUUCAUCACAGUCAAAGUGAGGAGAACAGAGGGGCGGAGCUUGUAAGUCAACACAUCACAGAAGCUGAUGGAGAGCAUUGUGAAGAUAUCAAGUCAGAACCAGACAGCAUCUUUGCUCCACUGUCAGACAUGGACCACAUGAUGUCACACUCUUCUGAUCACAGUGACCACAUCCAAAAACCUUUGGAGAGUAAAAAUGACUCUAAAGGUGAUACGAGACAUCACACUAACAACAAACACUUUGACUGCUCUGAAUGUGGGAAAUCAUUUACAUGGAAGAGUGAUUUUACAAGACACAUGAGAAUACAUACUGGAGAGAAACCUUUUACUUGCUCUGUUUGUAAGAAGAGUUUCUCCACAAAAGAUCACAUGACCACACACAUGAGAACACACACUGGAGAGAAACCCUUUACUUGCUCUGUUUGUAAGAAGAGUUUCUCCACAAAGCGUGACAUGACCACACACAUGAGAACACACACUGGAGAGAAACCUUUUGCUUGCUCAGCUUGUGCUAAAAGAUUCAACACAAAGAAUGAAAAGACCACACACAUGAGAACACACACUGGUGAGAAACCUUUUACUUGCCCUGUUUGUAAGAAGAGUUUUUCCAUGAAGCUUAACAUGACCACACACAUGAGAACACAUACUGGAGAGAAACCUUUUACUUGCUCGGUUUGUACGAAGAGUUUCUCCACAAAGCUUAACAUGACCACACACAUGAGAACACACACAGGUGAGAAACCUUUUGCUUGCCCUGUUUGUAAGAAAAGUUUCUCCAGAAAGGAACGCAUGACCAAACACAUGAGAACACACACUGGAAAGAAACCGUUUAGUUGCACUGUGUGUGAUAAAAACAUUCAGGUUUAAGUAUCAGGUGAGUAAACACAAGUGUGUAACAGUCAUGGAAGCUGCAGGGAUGUAAAACACUUAAACAGUGAUUGUGCUAAAUGUAGUUUAAAAACACAGCAUGUUUAAUAAGAAUGUAUAUUUGAUGUUGUAUGUAGUGCUUCUCAUCUUCUAGUCUUAUAUGUUGUCCUGUACUUACUUUUUAAGUUGUGUGCAUUUAUCGAAUAUUAUAUAUGUAGCUACUAUUUCAUUCUAUUUUCUCAUUGUUUAAAGAGAUGGCAUCUUAUUUAAAUUUGUUUU